GUGUACUUCAACUGUUCAUACGAUAGCCAUGGAUGAGCUAGACCCAGAACAAAUUGCGAUCCUCAGAAAGGCUUUUGAGGCAUUCGAUCAUGAGAAGAAGGGGUGUAUUGGCACCGUGAUGGUGGGUACCAUCCUCGGCAUGUUGGGCCACCAGAUCACAGAGGAGUACCUGCAGGAGAUCAUUGCAGAGGUCGAUGAAGAUGGGUCUGGAGAAUUGGAAUUUGAGGAAUUCAUCACUCUAGCGUCAAGGUUUAUGGUGGAGGAGGACGCUGAGGCGAUGCAGCAGGAACUCAAAGAAGCAUUCCGAUUAUAUGAUAAAGAAGGCAACGGGUACAUAACGACGGCCGUGCUGCGCGAGAUCCUCAGAGAGCUGGACGACAAGAUCAGCGCCGAGGAGCUCGACAUGAUGAUCGAGGAAAUUGACUCCGACGGCUCGGGAACUGUGGAUUAUGAUGAAUUUAUGGAGGUGAUGACUGGUGGUGACGAAUAA